AUGUUUAGAGCUGCAUUUGGAAGUCGCCCCUCAAGAAUUGAGCUUCCCGACGACGUAGAAGACUAUCAGUGCUUCACUGAUGCCCUGCUCAAGCCACGAGAUCUUGGCUGCGAACCAAUUUCAAGCCAACUUUAUAAUCGAGAAUGCGGCCUGCCUGGCUCUUACAGCUAUUGAAGUUCAAGCCGACUAGUCCCGUCAACAGUAAAACUAACGUAGUGUAUCCCCCCUACGCUUGAAUUUGACUCAAGAGUCUACAAUGGCCAAUUUUCCUGUACAGGCGAUCUCUAUUAUUGCACUUCACAAGGUGAUAUCAAAAUCUAUGAUACUUCAGACCCCUUAGACUGGAGUUUACUAAAAACCAUCGAUGGGAUCGGAAUCCAAUGAACUAUUACAGAUGCCGAUAUCAGCCCUUGCCAAAAAUACAUCAUAUAUAGCACUUUUAACUCUAACAUUUUUCUUGCCAAUAUUUCUCCGGACAGCGAAAACGUCUAUCAAACAUCAUCUGCUCAAAUUAAUGAACAAAUAGCUAUAAACACCUCAGCUCGUAAUGAUUAUGCUGUUUUCAGCUUAAAAUUCUCAGGAGAAGGCAACAAAGUAGUCGUCGGGACCAAUGGGUUUUCACUUGAGGUUGUCGAUUUAGUAAAGAAAAAAAACAUUUGCAGUGUCCCAAAUGCCCACCAUGAUGACGUAAAUACAGUUUGUUUUGCAGACAGAGAAGGGUCCAAUGUGAUUUUUUCAGGGUCUGAUGAUACAACGGUAAAGAUAUGGGAUGUCAGGGCGAUGAACGGAAGAGACUGCCAAGGAGUUUUGAUAGGGCAUAGAGAAGGGGUUACUCAUGUGUCUUCUAAAGGGGAUGAACUUUAUUUGAUUUCAAACUCAAAAGACCAAACGUUGAAGUUAUGGGACUUGAGUGGCGACAUAUAUUUGCCUUUUGCUUUUUUUAGUACCCGCAUGUGGAUUCUCAAAAUUUUUUUAUAUAUUUGUUUGACAAAACAGACAAAUGAAAAAAAAUUCAGUCUAUUUCCUCUGAAUAUCAAAAAAAUUUCGGGCAAAAAUCAUGCACCACUUGAGAAAGUGCUCGAGCAAGCACGAAUAUAAAGCAUUUAGUAGGACUCACCAUUAUCAGUCAGGAUUUGAUUAUCGGUGAAAUAGGUAUCCUAUGGAAGGAUAUACGAAGAGGCUAGCUGCGGACACUUCGUUAUUGACUUUUAGAGGCCACCACGUUUUGACUACUUUGAUAAGGUGCUAUUUUUCGCCUAUUUUUAUAACAGGACAGAGGUUUAUUUAUACAGGAGACUAUAAUGGGCAGGUUUAUGUUUAUGACGCGCACACAGGCAAGACUGUGAAUGUUCUGAGAUCGCUGACUCAUGAGCAGAUGUUGACUGGAGAGACGUGUUCGAGAGAUGUAUCAUGGCAUCCAUUUAUGCCUAUGAUAUGCGCAACUUCGUUUCUCAAUACCAUCCACACCUACACCUAUGACAGCGAGAUUGAUUAA